AUGAACCUAUGCAAAUUUUAUAUGGAGAUGUGGUCAAGGAUUCUUCUGAGUAUUCUGUCCUUGAACUGGAUUGCCACAGUGUCUUCUGAACCUCAGUAUGUGCUCCUGGUCCCCACAGUAGUGCGGAGCGACUCUCCACAGACUGCUUGCGUGCAGUUCCACAGACUCAGUGAGCCUCUGUCCCUGAGCAUCAUCCUGGAAUACGGCAGUAUCCAGAAGACUCUCUUUGAGGAAUCUGUGACAAAGAAUGAUUUCUUCAAGUGUGUUGAGUUCAAGGUUCCUCCUGCUACUUCUGACCCCCUGGCAUUCAUUUCCUUCUCUGCCAAAGGCACCACAGUUAACUUAGCUGAGAGAAGAUCAGUGGCGAUUCAGAACGUGGAUAAUACUAUCUUCAUCCAGACGGACAAACCCAUCUACAAACCAGGGCAAAAAGUGAUGUUCCGUGUGGUCACUUUGGACAGCCAGUUCAGACCUGUUCAGGAGAGAUAUCCCCGAAUCAUCAUUGAGGAUCCGGAGCAAAACAAGAUCUUCCAGUGGUUGGAGGUAGCAUCUAAGCAUGGAAUUGUCCAGCUCUCCUUUCCACUAACCCCAGAGCCUAUUCUGGGGUCCUACCACAUCACUGUGGAGAAGUCGUCAGGUGAAAAAGAGUACCAGUCCUUCACAGUGGAGGAAUAUGUGCUGCCAAAAUUUGAAGUGACAACCAAUGUGCCAGAGAGGAUCUCUUUCUUUGACGAAGAAGUCAGGGUGAACGUUUGUGCUUCGUACACUUAUGGCCAACCAGUGCAAGGGAAUGCCCAAAUCAAUGUGUGUCAGCAGCGCUUUUAUAGUCCACAAUGUGAGGAAAAGCAGAAAAAAACCUGCAAAGCUGUCACUGGACAGCUGGGGAAGGAUGGCUGCCUCAACACUGCCAUCCCCAUCAAAACAUUCCAGCUCUACCGCAGCUAUGCCAGGAUGUAUACCAGCCUCUACGUAGAAAGCAUCGUCACUGAAAAUGGGACAGGAAUCCAGAUGAAAGGCUAUGGCUAUGUUGCAGUCAAUGAAGAAAAUGAUAGAGUGAUGUUCAAGAAUACGGAUCUCUAUUACAAGAGGGGAAUUCCUUACUAUGGUGAGAUCGCUGUGAUGAAUGUGGAUGGCAAGCCCGUUGCCGGUAGGACUGUCUUGCUGGACCUCAACGAAAAAUACCUGGCCAACUAUACCACUGACAAGGACGGCACUGCUGCUUUUUCCAUCGACACGUCCAACUUCUUUGAUCCCAGUUUUAAACUUAGAGUCAGGCAGGCACCAGAUGACUGUGCAGACUUCUUCAUCUGGAGGAAUGAUAAUGAGCCCCAAGCCUUAUUCUUUGUCCGGCGUUUCUACUCACGGACCAACAGCUUUGUGAAAAUCGAGUCAGUGAAGGAGAAGCUCAGCUGUGGCCAGCAGAGAACAAUCAACGUUCACUACGUUUUUUUCUAUGCCCAGGUGAUGUCAAAAGGAAAAAUUAUUCUCAGUGGGCAGAAGCAAGUCAGCAUCUCUGGUGCUCCCAGAGGUAUGUUCUCCAUCACACUAACCGUCACUGAGAAGAUUGCCCCCAGCGCCAGGCUGUUGCUCUACACGGUGCAUCCUCAUGGGGAGAUAGUGGCUGACAGCUCUUGGAUACGCAGUGAUGUAUGCUUCAAAAACAAGCUCCAUCUCGAGUUCUCUGAGAAGCAGGGUCUCCCUGGCUCUAAAGUCAGUCUCCACCUUGAAGCUGCUGCCAACUCCUACUGUGCCCUGAGAGCUGUAGAUCAGAGCGUCCUUCUUCUUCAGCCUGAGCGAGAGUUAUCUGCUGAGAGCGUGUACUACCAACUUCGUCUGAGUGAUUUAUAUGGCUAUUACUACAAUGGGCUCAACCUGGAAGAUGACAAGCCAGAGAGGUGUACCCCAGUCAAAACAACCUUUUUUGAUGGCUUGUACUAUGAACCUGUGAACGUCAGUCGUGAUGGCGAUGUCUACAGGAUUUUCAGGAAUAUGGGCCUGAAAGUUUUCACCAACUCUGUGCUACGGAAGCCAGUUCUGUGCAAUGAAGACAAAUCAGAUAUGGAAGAUUACCCUAUCUAUUUUGGCCAUGAUGUCACCCAUGCCAAUCACUAUGGCACAGUAGAGUCAAGUAUUCUUCGGAGUGGUGUUAACACUGUUCGGAAAUUCUUCCCUGAGACCUGGAUUUGGCAUCUGGUUCAUACCAAUUCCAACGGAGAGGCCAAUAUCUUUUACACCAUUCCUGACACCAUCACAGAAUGGAAAGCCAGUGCUUUCUGUGUGCAGGAUGAUGUUGGGUUUGGCAUCUCCUCACCUGUUUCACUGACAGCAUUCCAACCAUUCUUUGUGGAUCUCACCUUGCCAUACUCUGUCAUUCGAGGGGAAAAAUUUAAUUUAAUAGCCAAUGUCUUCAACUACCUCAACAAAUGCAUCCAGAUCAGUGCCAUACUGGCAAAGUCGAGUGACUACAAGGCAGAAAUCCUUUCACCAGAGGGCAACACAGCGAGGGUGUGUGCCAAUGAAAGAAAAACCUAUAUUUGGGCUGUUAGUCCCUACAAACUCGGUGAGGUGAAAUUCACGAUUACCGCUGAGGCCAAACUGAAUACCAGUGGCACUGGAAACAGCACAUGGCCAGAAGGGGAGACAAUUCGCAAGGACACCCUCAUUCAAACCCUGCUUGUUGAGCCUGAAGGUGUUAGAAAGGAAUUGACUCAGAGCUCCCUCGUCUGUACAAAAGGCAUACGAACUUCUGAACCAGUGUCUCUCAGCCUGCCAAGAAACCUAGUGCAGGGAUCAGCCAGAGCUUAUUUUUCUGUGAUUGGAGACAUUUUGGGUACAGCCCUGAGGAACAUGGAGAACCUCCUCCAUAUGCCUUAUGGCUGUGGAGAACAGAACAUGGCCUUGUUCACACCCAACAUCUAUGCCCUGGAUUAUCUGAACAAGACUGGGCAGCUGACUGAAGAGAUUAGAGUCAAGGGUACUGGAUAUUUAUCCACAGGGUACCAAAAACAGCUAUCAUACAAACACCAAGAUGGAUCCUACAGCUCCUUUGGGAGACGAGAUAGGGAAGGGAGUGUAUGGCUCACCGCCUUUGUGUACAAGUCAUUUGCACAAGCCAGACGCUACAUCUACAUUGAUGACAACGUCCAGUCUCAAUCUUUGAUCUGGCUGGCGAGCAAGCAGAAGUCAGAUGGCUGCUUUGAAAAUGCUGGGUCACAUUUCAACAAUGCUUUGAAGGGUGGAGAAGACGGUGAAUACUCACUCACAGCCUAUGUUGUCGCAGCAUUGCUGGAGGCUGGACACUCUGCUGCGCAUCCUGUCAUUCAGAGUGGCAUGAACUGUUUGGAGACUGCAUUUGGCAAUGGGGUCCACAACCUGUAUAACCAGGCCCUCUUUGCCUAUGCUUAUGGCUUGGCUGACAAAAAGGAAAGACGCCAAUUCUUCCUUGAGAAGCUGGACAAUACAGCUACCAGAGAUGGUGGUUCAGUUCAUUGGCAGAGACAAAAUAAGCCACCAGCAGAUCAUUUCCCUGUCUUCUAUUCCCGUGCCCCUUCUGCUGAGAUUGAAAUGACCAGCUAUGUGCUCCUGGCUUUGCUCAACAAAGCCAAACUCACUCCAGAAGACUUAACUUACAUUUCUCGCAUUGUGCACUGGCUUGUCAAGCAACAGAACCCGUAUGGCGGUUUCUCCUCCAGCCAGGACACUGUUGUUGCUAUCCAAGCUUUAGCCCAGUAUGGAUACCUCACCUUCUCUAAACAAAGUCUUAACACAGUCAAAGUCAACUUCAUGGAGUCCCCCAGUAAGACUUUCCAGGUGAAUAACAAGAACCGCUUCUUACUGCAGCAGGCUUCCUUACCCACUAUUCCAGGGAAUUAUAGUGUGGAAGUGAAUGGCACUGGCUGUGUCUACCUGCAGACCACCCUGAGAUACAACAUCCAUUUGCCAAAAAAAGUUGCAGGAUUUUCUCUCUGUGUACAGCCAGCCAAUGUAUCCUGCACAAGCAACUUCCCACCAAAGUUUGACCUUGUCCUCUCCGCCAGUUACACAGGAAACCGCAAAGUCUCCAACAUGGCUAUUAUUGAUGUGAAGAUGCUCUCAGGUUUUGUUCCUGUAAGAUCGUCCCUGGAAAAGCUUCAGUACAGGAAUUCUGUUGUGGAUCGCGUAGACAUCAAGAACAACCACAUCCUCUUCUACCUUCAGAAGGUCUCCCAGAAGGAAAUCAGCUUCUCCUUCAGUGUGGAGCAAAGCCUGCCUGUCUCAGAUAUUAAACCAGUGCCAGUACAUAUGUACGAUUACUACGAAACAGAUGAAUAUGCCCUUGCAGAAUACAAAACACCCUGCUCCCCACCUUCAAACUGA